AUGAGUGGAGGUGAAGAAAAUCAGUUUAGGAGAGGUAUGAACAUGAAUGAAGCAAGUUCUGAGAGAUGUGGGGUUAAGAGGACAAAUGAGGAGAGAAAUGUGGAGGAUGAAGGUGUGGCUUAUGAUAGUAGUGAGGAAGUUGUCUCUGAGACUUCCAAGACUAGGAGAAGGCCACGAAAAGUUGAUGAUUUUAGGGACAUUAAGUUAGAAAUUCCUGAGUUUGAUGGAAACCUCAAUCCAGAUGAGUAUGAUGAUGCUAAAGCUUUCAAGGUUGUUGUAGCUAAGCUAAAGGGGUAUGCAUCCCCUUGGUGGGAGAAUGUUGUAUUAGCUAGAACUGGGAAGCAUAAGCCUAUAAUCAAGAGUUGGAUAAAACUUAAGAAGAAGAUGAAAGAGAAGUUUUUACCUUCCACUUAUACUCUUGAUUUGUAUAACCAACUUUCUGAUUUAGCUCAAGAUCAUAAAGGGGUUGAAUAUUAUAUUCAUGAGUUUGAGAAAUUGAUGAUCAAACUAGAUGUUCAAGAGAGGGAGGAGCAAACUAUGUCACGUUUCUUAGGAGGAUUAGAUAAAGACAUUCGAAUGAAGGUGGAAUUGCAACCUUAUUCUACCUUAGAUGAACUCUUCAAGCUUGCCUUAAAAGUGGAGAAACAUCUAAAGGAAAAGAAGAAGAAGACAUUUGUGAGAGGAACUUCCUAUACUAAGGGAGGUUCGAAUGUGAAGCAACCAUAUACAUCUCCUUACACUCCAAAAGGGGAUAGUUCAAAGGUGUUAGAUAAAGGGAAGAAAGUGGUUGAAACAUCCUCAAAGAAAUCUGAUGUGAAGUGUUUUAAGUGUCAUGGUUAUGGUCAUUAUCAAGCUCAAUGCCCAAACAAAAGGGUAAUGACUCUACUUGACAUUAAAAACAUUGAAGAAUCACUUGAACAUGAAGGAGACAAUGAAGAUGAACUUGAAGAGGAGGCCGAAAAUGAAGAAGAGUUAGAGGUUGGAGAAGUGACUCAAGGUGAACAUUUAAGCCUUGUUUUAAGAAGAAUUCUUCAUACUAAAGAAGCUGAAUUGAUUCCAUCACAAAGGGAUCAAAUUUUUCAAACAAAGUGCUUGAUUGGAGGGAAGAUAUGCUCGAUGAUCAUUGAUGGAGGGAGCUGCACCAAUGUCGCCUCAUCUUCUAUGGUGAACAAGCUCAAUCAUCCUACUUUCCAACAUCCAAAACCUUAUAAGCUUCAUUGGCUUAAUGAUGGGAAUUGUGAAGAGGUAACAAAGCAAGCUUUAAUUAGCUUUUCUUUUGGUGAUUCUUAUAAGGAUGAAGUUCUUUGUGAUGUUUUACCUAUGGAUGCAUUGCACGAAAUGGUUAAGCCAUUAGUGAUGGAGUUUGGUGAUGUAUUUCCUAAUGACCUUCCUUCUGGUUUACCCCCUAGUAGAGGAAUUGAACACCAAAUUGACUUGAUUCCUGGAGCAACAUUACCUAACAAGCCAGCUUAUAGAUGUAAUCCUGAAGAAGCUAAUGAGUUGCAAAAAUAA